AUGGAUUCUUCAAGGGAUGAGUUACCUUCUAUUUCACGGCUUGAUAAAAGUCUAGUUCAUAAAAUAUGUUCUGGUCAGGUGGUAAUAACCCUUGCCUCUGCUGUAAAGGAACUUUUAGAAAACAGCAUCGAUGCGAAAUCGUCUAAAAUAGAAAUUAAGUUGAGAGGCCAUGGUAGCGAGUCUGUGGAAGUGAUUGAUAACGGCGUUGGAAUCAAGGAAGAAGAUUUUGAGGGUCUCACCGGGAAAUACUGCACUUCUAAGCUAAAUACUUUCGACGAUCUGAGUUCUGUUGAAACCUAUGGUUUCCGUGGUGAGGCUUUAUCUUCUCUGUGCCACUUGGCGAAAGUGACUAUACACACCUGCGCAUCAGGUGCAAAGAUGGGCACCAGACUUGAAUUUGACUCUUCUGGACACGUAGUAAAUAGACGAUACUUAGCAAGGUCACAGGGUACAACUGUAUGCGUUAGCCAGUUAUUCUACGAUCUACCAGUUCGUCGGCGUCAUCUAACUGAUCCAAAUCGUCUAUCAAAAGAAUUUUCAAAAGUUAUCAGCUUGCUAACAGCUUACUGCCUUGUCUCUGUCGGUAUACAAAUCUCUUGCAGCCGAAUUGGAAAAAAAGGUGAACUGAUCAACAUAAUCUCAAAUGGUCCAUCUGUAUCACUCAAGGAUAAUAUUGCCGCAGUUUUCGGUCAUACACAGUUGAACAGCCUUGUAGAGUUGGAAGAGAUUGUCAAUAUCCCAGAUGACAUAUGUGAAGAAUUCAAUGUUAAACCGAUAUCUGAGCAAGAUUCUAUCAAGUUAUCUGGAUAUGUGAGUAAACCUCCGAAUUUAGCAUCGUCCGACCUUGCAUCAAGUAUAUCAUCGCCAGUAAUAGAUUCAUCAGCAAAUAAACGUCGUUCUUCAUCUAUUGGCCAUUCUUCGUCAGAACGACAAUUUGUUUAUGUUAAUGGUCGGCCGUGCGAUUUACCGAAAUUGACACGUUUAGCCACUGAUUUAUGGCGACGUUGUUCAAGAGAAGCCUAUUCAUCAAUUGCCUCUGGAAUAAGCCUACCUGGUCGAAGUACAUCUAGUUCAUUUCCAGUACUUAUACUAAUGUUGACAAUGCCUACAAAAACUGUGGACAUAAAUCUGACUCCAGAUAAGAGAACUUUGUUAUUGCAUCAUGAGAAUUAUGUAUUGGCUCUGACAAAAGCUGUUCUCGUAAAAACUCUAUUCAACUCAGUUGGCAUGGAUAUCAGUAGUUUAUCUCAGUCUAGGAUAGAAUUUGAUCGGUCACAAAUUGUGACAGACUGUCAGGUUGAUAAUGAUAGUGCAUCACAAAUAAACACUUUUUCUACUCCAAGUUAUAAACGUCAAUCUACUCUAUUAGAUAACAACUUAUCUUCUAAAAGAGCCCAUUCUGACGACCUACAGUCGUCGCAACUAGAAGUUGUCGACCUUACACCAGAAGCUCCUCUACGUCAUUCUGAGAGACAAGAAGUUCCCCUUGAAGAAUCCCAACCAAUUGAUUGUAAAGAGGAAAUUAUAGAAGCUUUUCCGGAUUACGAAGAUAUGGAGGAUCAACUAUAUUUCAGUGACAUACAUUUAGAAUCUACUGAAGUUGAUUUUUCUAUGGAAAGUUUACGUAAUCGCUGGAAUCAACUUUUGCACAUAUUACCAUCCACAUGCUCAGAUAGGUCAUCAAAUAAUAAUAACGAUGAUGAUCGUAAUGAUGGAAAUUUCUCAUUUGGUAAAUUUACGGCUACUGAAAACAAGGAAGCUGAAAAGGAAUUAACCAUGUAUUUCAAAAAAGAAACAUUCAAUAGUUUGAAAGUUCUUGGACAAUUCAAUCUAGGCUUUAUUAUUGCACGUCAUAAUGAUGACUUAUUUAUUGUUGAUCAGCAUGCAAGUGAUGAGAAGUAUCGUUUUGAACAGUUGAUUGAGAAUUAUCGAUUUAAAAGUCAACCAUUAGUUGCACCUUACCAGUUGAAUUUAACUAUUGCUAAUGAACAACUAUUAAUCAGUAAUUUGGAUGUGUUCGCUAAAAAUGGAUUUGCUUUUCGUAUUAAUAAUGACGAACCACCAGGUCAACAAGUGUUUCUUGUUGCUAUACCAAUGUUGGAAGAUAAGCUAUUCAGUUAUAGAGAUAUUGAAGAGAUGCUGUGUGUUUUAUCUGAAACAUGUACUAAAAGAUGCCGACCAUCUCGUUUGAGGAAUAUACUUGCAUCUCGAUCAUGUCGUAGUGCUGUUAUGAUUGGUACCGCAUUAGAUCAUAAGAAAAUGAAACGAAUUUUGACAAAUAUGGGUUCUAUGGAUCAUCCAUGGAAUUGUCCACACGGACGUCCAACAAUGCGGCAUCUUUUUCAUCUAGGUAUCUUAGAUAAAUAA